GCUUUCUUGUGGAUAAAAUGGAAAGUGGGACAGAAAACGGAACAAGGAUGUAAAGACGUUCCUAAGUCUCCAUUAUUCGACAUCCCUGCAGAAUGGAUUUGGCUAUAUAUCCACCCACGCUUUCAUAUAAUCACAGACUCGACAAAUACACGUACGCAUGCACAAACACACGUACACACACACACACACACAAACACACACACGCACAAACACCUACGCAUAUAA